UUUCCCAACUGGCCCUCAACAGAUGAGGGAGGGACUUUGUGAGGAGAUAAAGGGUAUUACUGGCCAUUAGUGUCCUGUGGAUUAUCAUAAUCCAGCCCUAGUGCUGUCAGAGUGGCUACAGUAUAGUGCCUCAGUGUGGUCCUGUCACUGUGUAGGCUUGAAGAUGGAAUCCCAUGGACAGUGUAUUCUUUUGGCCCUCCUGCUUGUCUCCAACGUUCUAAUCCGUGUACACGCUCAGGAGGGGGAGGAAGUGACUGAGACAUGGACAGGACGAGCCUGUAAGUGUGACUGUGAGGGGUCAGAAUCCCCAACCCAGUUCACCUCCCUCUCCCCCACCCCACCACGUGUCAUGGAGUGUAUGCCAGAGUGUCCGUACCACAAGCCCCUGGGUUUGGAGGCUGGCUCAGUCAGACCAGACCAGAUCAGCUGUUCCAACGAGGACCAGUACACUGGCUGGUUCUCCUCCUGGCUCCCCAGCAAUGCCAGACUCAACAACCAGGGCUUUGGGUGUGCAUGGCUGUCUAAGUUCCAGGACAACAGCCAGUGGUUGCAGAUUGACCUGAAGGAGGUGAUGGUGGUGUCUGGUAUCCUGACCCAGGGGCGCUGUGACGCUGACGAAUGGAUCACCAAGUACAGCGUCCAGUACCGCACCGACCAGAAUCUCAACUGGAUCUACUACAAGGACCAGACGGGGAACAACAGGGUGUUCUACGGGAACUCGGACCGCUCCUCCUCGGUUCAGAACCUCCUGCGUCCUCCCAUGGUAACUCGCUACAUCCGUUUACUCCCUCUGGGCUGGCACACACGUAUCGCCAUCCGCAUGGAGCUGCUGCUCUGCAUGAGCAAGUGUACCUGAUUCUGUCUGUCCUGACGACCAGGGUCACACUCAGCAGGGUACAACACCGUGGAACGUUCAGACAGAAAAUGUAAUGAUUAGAACUAACAUGAUUCUACAUGAAUACACAGUCAUAUUGGUUCUACACAAUAUAUUUCUAUGUGAAGGUCCUGUAAUGAUACACCAUCCUGAACAGGCCCAAGGAGAGCCCUGGUCGUUCCCCUGGUCGUUCCCCUGGCUGUUCCCUAUGCCAAAGUGGAAUCUACUGCUCUGGAAAUCUUUGUUUCCUUUCCUUCCCCAAAACGGUUAAGUAAUAUCACUCUCCCAGGAAUUGGUUUUAUGUGUGAAAAGGUCCAUUCUGUUUUCAGAUCAGAUGUGUUACAACAGUUUUAUUUAUGAUAAUUUUUUUACAAUGAACAAAAAGGGGUGGAUGGCCAGUUGUUUCCACUUGGGUGAGGAAGAGGAGAUAAAUACAUGCUUAUGAACCGAGAAACCCAGAGAAAUUGGGGAUGAUUAUGUGAUGAGGAAAGCUCGGAGAAAGAGAACACUACCAGUCCUGUGGUUAACUGGAUGUUGUGUACUGUACUGUGCUGUGUUGUGUUGUGUACUGUACUGUGUUGUGUGUGUGGAUUCUGAUGUAGUUUGUGACAGUGAUGUAGAGAGUCCAGUGGAGGUAUCGUUCGUUGCUUGUUUUAUUGUAUUCAUUUAAAGUUGACCAAAACCAGUUCCUGAAAUAAAGACAAACUCUUGUA